AUACAGUUUACUAUGGCAAUUUACAACGACAACACCUAUCUUUUGUUUGAUUACAUAUUAUGUCCGGAAAAACUAUUAUAUAUGGCUGAAUUAAAUUUAAUUAAUAUAAAAAUUUUCCCAAACAUAUCUCUUUUUAUUUUACUAGACGUAGAAUAAGACAAUGCAGCAACCCACUAAUAGUAUUCUUGGUUUAUUCCAGUGGCGAAAAUUUACUUUUUUCGAUAUUCAUGAAAAAGUGGACAAUGGAAAAAUAGCAGAGUGUCUACAGGAUACUCAUGUAACAGUAUCUACAAGUGGUAAUGGACAUGUGAUCCUCGGUGAUGUAACAGGAUGGGCCCACAUCAUCACUCGUUGCUGGGAGAUUACUUCGUUCAAGGCAUAUGAGUUAACUAUAUCACUUGCACAGCAGCUCCCACAUGAUCCAUUUCUAGUUACAGUAGGGGAUGACGAGGCAGGUGUAAAUCCACUAAUCAAAGUGUGGGACUGGUCGCGUACUGACCGACAUGGAAAUCCCAAAUGCGUGCGAGUGUGCCGCGCCGUGCCCUCUCACAUGCGACCAACACCGGCCACCGCGUUAGCUGUCCAUGAAAAUAAGAAUCUCCUGGCAGUUGGUUUUCAAGAUGGUUCCGUAUCAUUAUUCCGCGGUAACCUGACGCGACAACGCAACAGUGAAAUGAAAACUCUCCCAAAUUCGGGAAAUAGUCCGAUUACAGGACUAGCAUUCAAGGGCGCGGACAAGCUGUACGUGGUGUCGCGCGCGAGCGUGGCGCUGUGGUGGCCGGCGGCCGAGCGCUGCCUGCAGCUCGAGCGCCACGGCGCGCCGCCCGCCUGCAGCGCCCUCUCGGACUCCCACGGCCUCACCGUCGCCGUCGGCAACGCAAUAUACUGCUACACCCCAGAAGGUCGAGGACCCUGCUACGCGCUAGAAGGCGACAAAGUAGGGCUUAACUGGUUCCGUUCAUAUCUAGUCAUCACCAGUAAUGAGACGCAAUCAAAAUCCGUCGCGUCCACGAGCACCGAGCCCAAAUCUCAUCACGUAACUAUUCUGGAUAUUCAGAAUAAAUUUAUAGUGUUCUCCAAAACGUUCGAUCUCAUAGAUGCAGUGAUCACAGAAUGGGGUUCCUUUUAUAUACUGACAAAGAAAAAGGAAAUUAUCUAUUUGGAGGAGAAAGAUCUGCAGUCGAAGUUGUCGUUACUGUUCAAAAAGAAUUUGUACGACGUCGCAAUCAGGAUAGCGAGCAGUCAACAUUACGAUGUUGAAGGGUUCACAGAAAUUAAUAAGCAAUAUGGAGAUCACCUAUACAGCAAGGGGGAUUUGAAAGGCGCUAUAGACCAAUACAUUAAAACAAUCGGUUGGCUAGAUACUUCAUAUGUGAUCCGGAAGUAUCUAGAAGCGAGAGACUUGGAACCUCUGGUGCUGUACUUGGAGGAGCUGCACAAGAAGGGCUGUGCCACCGAGGACCACACCACACUGCUUUUGACUUGCUACGUGAAGAUAGAUCAGCAUGAUCACCAAGGAAAAUUGAAAGACUUCAUUAAUUCCAAGGACAGAACCAUCGACUUUGAUGUAGAUGUUGCGAUUAAGGUGGUCCGUCAAGUAAGUGUGGACGACGCACUGUCGUUGGCGGCGAACAACAAACGACACGAUUGGUACCUCAAAAUAAUGCUAGAAGACAAGAAGGAUUACAGAUCCGCGCUUCAGUACAUGCUCGACCUGGAGUUCGAGGAUGCAGAGUUUUACAUGAAGAAGUACGGGCACACGCUCAUACAGCACGAGCCGGAAGAGAGCACCAAGUUCUUGAAAUCAUUGUGUACGGACUACAAACCCCGCAGUAAACCGCUAGUGGACGAGACGACCCUCACAGGAGGCAUCAGGGAUCCAGACAGGGCUAUUCCAGACGAUUUCAUACACAUGUUCCUGAGCAACUCGGAGCGGCUCAUCGAGUUCCUAGAGCACAUGACGACGGUCGAUUCAAAAUGUUCCAAACUCGUUUACAAUGCGCUUAUAGAACAUUAUAUUCAUGUAUGGGCCAAAGUGUCAGGAAACGAUAAGACUAUGUAUGAAGAGAAAGUAUUAAAGAUUUUAAAGGAUUCCGAUGCGAAUUAUGACAAAGAUCAGACCCUCAUUAUCUGUCAGAUGCUUGGAUUUAAAGCGGGAAUCUUAUACCUGUAUGAAGAAAAUAAACUGUGGCGCGCGCAGGUGGCGCUGCACAUGCGCGCGGCGCAGGCGGAGGAGGCGCUGGGCGUGUGCCGGCGGCGCGGCGCCGCCUGCCCGCGCCUGUGGCUCGACGUGCUGUGGUGGCCGCCGCCGCGCCCCGCGCUGCCCGAGCUCCUCGCCGUCAUCGACAACGAGAAACUAUUGUCGCCGAUCCUCGUGAUCGACUGUCUUGCCAGCACACCCUCGUACACAUUAGGCGACGUGCGGAAAUAUUUAAUGAACGUACUUAAAUCUGAAAAUGACGUGAUCACCCGCGAACAAGAACUGGCCGCCAAAUAUAAAGCCGAGAGCGAGAAUAUGAAGGCACAAAUACAAAAUUUGCAAAACGAGCCCAUAACCUUUCAAAGCUCGCGGUGCGCAAUAUGCAGCAAGUCAUUAGAAUUGCCCACCGUUCAUUUCUUCUGCCAACAUUCCUUCCACCAAGACUGCUUCCAGGGCUACUCGGAGUCGGAGCGCGAGUGCACGAUGUGCGAGGCGGCGCGCCGCCGGCAGGCGCCGCCGCCGCCGCCGCCGCCCGCCGACGCGCUGCACCAGCGGCUGGCGCGGGAACGCGACCCUUACGCUGUUGUGUCGGAAUACUACGGACGAGGGCUGUUCAACAAGCUGACGUUGGUGACUGGAGCGUUGCAGGAGUCGCCGAGCCAGCCGGCGGCGCCCGCGCCCGCCGCCGCUGCCGCGUCCGCGUCCGCGUCCGCGCACGCUCCUGCACCCUGCCUGCUACCGCCUGCUGCUGCGGCCGCGCCCACAUACGGCCCCGGUGCAGAAGCUAAGUUACGACUGCAAGAGGGACAGAGUAAACAAGUGUUUGUGGCCAACACGGCGAAACAAGUUCCAGCAAAGGGCACCACUGUGGUUCCCAUCCCGGAAGGCAGAAUGCGCUUACUCGAGCAGCAGCGCUAUAGCUCCAGUCUUGAAGCCCACAUGAACAAAUUUGAGCCAAAGGUGCACGUGCCUCGCAGCUCGCCCUUCGAGUCCCCUAAAUCUUCAAAUAAAGUGGAAGAAGCCAUCAGCGCCGGAACCUCGCCAAAGAUAUCUGCAGCGAUAAACAAUACGGGGAAAAACCCAUUCGAAGAGGAAUAUGACGAAUCGAAGAAUCCAUUCGCAAACGACGAGGAUGAAGUCAUCAAUGAUCCCACCAAUCCUUUCUCGGAAGACAACGACUAUGAUAAAAAUUUGAAUCCGUUUUCGUGAAAUUAAAUUUAAAAUAGGUAAUGUUUAUUAAGGAUCUCGCACUGUUCCAUUGUUUGGAAUCAUUUCGCGUGUAAGAACAAUCAAGUUAAUUAUAAAAAUAUAUCCAUUACACAAGAGAAUAUUCUGCAAGUCUAUUGUAUUGUAAAUAUUGAAACUAGUUAUAAAUAUAAUAAAUUAUCUACCAUGUAUUUAAAUAUUAUAACAAUUGUAUCUAAAAGUCCGCUUAAGCCUAUAUACUUAUAAUUUAAAUCAAAACGAAGUAGUAAUAUUAUUUUAACUUAGACUCUAACUGCACUACAAUUCUAAGCAAAGUCUGGCUGUGUAUUUCAUAAACUUAUUUUAUAUAAUAUUCUAAUUCAAACCAAUUUUAUUAUGACAUUAGAUUUUUUUU